AUGGAGGACUCGGAGCCCGCAGAGGACGGCUUGCUCGCGGGCUUGCGGUGGAACCGGAGCGCACGGGACCAGGCUCAGCUCAAACACAAAAUCCGGGACCUGCCGGGGCUCCUCAAGCACGGGCUGCACCUGCGGAAGAAGAGCCAAUCACCUGACACAAUCCCCGGACCGAGCACUGGACCUGCAGUACACAAGUCUUGCUCCCAGAGUUUUCCAUGUGCCGGUCGGGCAGUGAGGAAUGCCUUCCUCUCUCACGGACCAUAUCCAGCUAAAGACAAGAUACACCUGGCCAGAAUCAUACGGCGGAGCUAUGUGGGAGUGGAGCUGGUGCAGUGGCUGUGUGAACAGUGUGUGUACGUGCGCUGUCGGACUACUGCUGUGCGUGUCUGGCAGGUGCUGCUGGAGCUGGGAGUCCUGCUGUCUGUGGACCAGCGGGUGGUGUUUUCCGACUCCAACUCUUACUACCAGUUUAGCUUCGAGGAGUGUGACUCUGCCUCCUGUGAUUUUCGCUCCAAUGAGGGGGAGUGGCCAGAAGCUGUUAAGCUCCUCCUACAACUCGCCCCAUACGUCCAGUUUCGCUCUGGAGGUGGGGCCAACAGCCCGUCAGAGGAAGACUCUGAAGGCAACAGGGACAUCUGCAGUGAGAUCCUUCAGAUGAAAGCUCUCGAGAGACUCACUUCUACGGUACAAAGUGAGCUGGCGGCCGCUCUCGCCCGGAAGACUCGCAAAGCUUUGUCAGAGCAGGACUCUGAGACCACGGAGACGAGCCAUCAGGAGCCUUGUACGCCCAGUGAGGAGAGCAGUCCGCUGGGCGGGGUGUGUGCGUUGCGGGACAGCGGUGGCAGCGGCGGCGGAGGGAUGGGGAGCGUGUGCGGCCGCGAGGAGCUAACCACCCGGCUGGGCCUGGAGGCCGUUCAGAGGCUCGCCAAGGACGGUUGUCGGCUGCUGCAGAACCACAACUAUCGUCUACCUGACAGGAACCAGGCGGAGGCGGUGGGGCGGGUUUGUCUGAAGGAGAGAGGACGGGACGUAUUGGUGUUGCAGAGAGUGACAUCAUCUGUGACGUCGCCGUCGGACCGGCCCUCACCCACAUCGUCGGGAGGCGGGUCCAGAGAGGAGGAUUGCGACAAGAGGUAUGUGGUGGUGUCGGGAACGCCGCUGAAGAUCUUGGAGCACCUGCUAAGUGACCUGCGGCUGGAUGACCAAAGAGGGGCACCGGAGAACAGGGAGAGCGAGAUGCUGCUGGAUGACUUCUUGUUGACCUACCUGGUGUUCAUGUCCACUAAUGACCUUUGUCAGGCUCUACUGGGACACUAUAGCAGCGCCCGCUGCAGGGGCCAGGAGGAGGGCAAAGACGCCCUCUUCAGGAAACGUAAAGUACUGCAGCUGGUCUCCCACUGGAGCAGGCUAUACAAGGACUUCCUCAAGGAAGAGGAGCACGUUAGGAGCUUCAUGAAGACGCUAUACAGGUGUGUUUUAGAAGAUCUGUAUGAAUUUCCCACACUGGAAAAAGACCUGAAGGAGUUUCAGAAACUACUGCGUCGCAGACACACAGUGGAUGACUGCCCUCCAAACCAAAAGAGUAAACAAAUGUAUCAGCAGCUAAGUUUGAAAGAAAACUGUUUACAACUCCGCACUCCACCGAACGAGACUAGAGAGGUUAUUUGUUGCGUGUACGUGAGUGCCGACUCCUACCUAAGUGUGCACACGCACCCCUCGCUGGAGGCCCACGAGCUUCUGCGGAUUGUGGGUCUGAAGAUGGACAAAGCAGAGGAAGACAUGGUGCUCGCUGUGGUGUCGCACACUGGAGAGCGGAGGGUGUUGCAGCCCAGUGACUGUGUAUAUUCGGAGUCUCUGACCCCACAGGGAAAGCUUGUGGCCUGUCGCAGGGAUCUCACUGAGAUCUUGCCUCCUUUAACAGACAGUGCUGAGCUAAGCAGAAGGCCGGUUCGACUUUUAGGCAUCAACACCUGGGAUGUUGCAGCUGCUCUCACACACCUGGACUGGAGCCUCUUCAAAUCCAUCCACGAGCAGGAGCUGGUGUACUACACCCUGAGCCGUGCUCCUGGCAGCGGCCACACAGCAGCGCUCUCAGUGCUGCUCCAGCGUUGUAACGAGGUGCAGCAGUGGGUCAUGUCAGAGGUGCUCAUGUGUGUGUCGCUUAACAAGAGAGUGCAGCUGCUCAAGAAGUUCAUCAAGAUCGCAGCUCACUGUAAAGCCCAAAGAAAUCUGAAUUCUGCAUUUGCCAUCAUCAUGGGUCUUAAUACAGCUGCUGUCAGCCGUCUCAACCAAACUUGGGAGAAAUGUCCAGGGAAGUUCAAGAAGCUUUUCUCAGAGUUGGAGCUCAUCACGGAUCCAUCUCUGAACCACAAAGCCUAUAGAGAAGCCUUCAAGAGGAUGAAACCUCCUAAGAUCCCUUUCAUGCCUCUUCUGCUGAAAGAUAUCACUUUUAUCCACGAGGGAAAUAAGACUUUCCAUGACAACCUGGUCAACUUUGAGAAGCUGCAUAUGAUCGCAGACACAGUGAGAAUGAUCCGUCACUGCCAAAGCGACCAACCAGGCAACGAGGUAAUUGGGGUCGACAGUGCCGAGGUGAGGGCGAGCGUUCACUACCUGCACAUCAUCGACAAUCAGCAGACGCUUUUUGAACUGUCACACAAACUGGAGCCACGCGCCUAAACACACAAAUAGGUGCGCGCUCCAAAACAAAGACACAAAAACACACUGGAUGCAGCACGGCGGAAACGCUGCCGCUGCGUGACACGGAGGACGCUUUGUACAGCAAAAAUGUCAAGAAGCAGCGGUGCCAAAUGGACGAUGAAGUGCGCUCUGACAAAAACCCAUGAAGACGCAGCUGUGGUCUGCCUGUUCUUUAAAGGCUCUCUCGCACUGAACAUGUGCUUAUAGAGGAUUUAAAAACUCGCCCUGUGAACUUUCUACAGGAACCGAAUCUGUGCAGCAGGACGGAGAUUUGCCAAACGGAGACAGAGAGCAGACGAGGCUGUAAUUAGUUUGUACAGUAUCUAUUGGACUGAGUAUGCCCUUGUUUCGUUCUUGUGAUUUGGUUAUUUAUGAGCCUGUCCAGCAGGUGGAAUGUUCCUUUAUUUCUGUCAGAGUCUCGUCUCACCUCCUGAAGGUCAACAAGGACUUGAUAGCCUCCUCAUCAUUUCAAUGACAAACACAAAAACAUCUGUAGAGGAAUUUGAUUUCUUUAUAACCUUUUGUGCACCACAGACGGUCUGACAUAAUUUCACCUACAUAGCACAUAUUUGCCGAGUGAUACAUGUAUAUCCAGGAUUACAUGCUGUAGUUAUUUAUGUCUAUGAUGCGGAGCUGUUUUCGGUUAUUGUGUAAGCUAGCACUUCACAUACCUUUUGCUUUCAGCUGAAUCUAUACAGCCACAGUGUGUGCAACAUUAACAAUGUCUUGUACCUGGCAUGUGAAGGAAGCAUUGUGAGGGGGUUUCGCUGACUGACUGUGACAUUUGAAACACUAAAGCUCUCCUCAACAUGCCACGGUUUGAAAAAUAACGAACACUUAAUGCUUUUUCUUUUCAUUUUUAAGUCCUGGUUGACUUUUAGCCCGACGCUUCUCAUGCACUCCUCUCUCUGAUGUUUUUGUGUGAAUAGAUACUGAUCAUUUUACGUUGUAUAUAAUAUGGACCUAUACAUUUUUCAGUGCCAAAUGUCACGUCGAGUCUUGCAGCACAGGUGCGCCGCUGAGUUCUUGGUUUGUUUAGGAAUCGGUGUCUUUUUUUUUUGUCACAGAGUCUGAUUUCCUUGAACAAGCGGUGGUUUGACGUCUCGUCCUUGAUCAUGCAAAGCCGAUCUGACUCCUCACAGACGUGAGACAUUAUGAUGACUGAGUUCAAGGUGUGCGAUUGUAUCCCACGUCGGGUUGCUAUGGAAACACAGCCCCACCAUAGAGUUACCUUUCUUUUUUCCCUCUCUUUUUGUUGGGUUUUUUUUUAGUCCUUGAGGUUUAUUGUGCUAACAAGUCAAAGUACUGCACAGCAGAAGUUGAAAUAACAGCUUUAUUCCACAAAAUUAUGCCGACGAGGAGACUUGGACUGACUGAAAAGACCACUUCAUUCACAAGUGGUCUCGUGGAUACUGUCUGUAAGAUCUGACAUAGACCAAUGGAAGCACAAGGACACAGAUUUCCUCCAAAAUUUCUCACUAGAAAUUCAAUCCAUAAAUCGUUCAGCGCUUUAACUGCGGUUCUCUUCAAAACAAAGCCUUUUUGAAUCAUUUCUCAGAUUGUGGCAACAUGUUCUUGUCGGCACGGCCACAAGAUGCCAAAGCAUCUAUUUGUUAUUCAAAUUACUGAGCGACCAGUCAGACAAUUAUCACUGUGGCUCACUGUGUAGUCGCAGGACAGAAGUGCAGCAUGCGAUGAAGGGAAUUAUUCAGGAAUUAUGAUGAAUACAAAUUAAGGCAACAACCAUGCUCGGCAGACCUUAACCGUGUUUUUCCUUUUUUGUUUUUGUCCUCUCUCUGUUCAUUCCUAGCCGGUCACUUCAGGGCUGCGUUUCUGCUGCUGAGUAGGAGAAAACAUCCAGCGGGGAUAUUCCUAAAUAUUACAUAGUAAUGCAUGUGUUGCAUUGUUUGGAUAGUUAGAAAGCAUGGAGGCGGGAUGAAGUGCAAUACAGUAGAAAUGUUGCCACAAGUGUCCUUCAUUCAUCAUCAUUUCAACACUUUCCCGUUCAGAGCAGAUCAAUUAAAACGACAAGAGUUGAGCUAAAUUUCCCAGAUUGUUGUAGUGCCAAAAGCAGCUUUGGUUCACUGAAAGGAAAAAAAAAUCAAAGAUGGCAAAGUGUUGAAUCACUUUAAACCUGAUUUUUGUGCUAUGAGCAGCUUGUAACUGCAUUUAAAAGAACUCUAACUACUCACCUACACUUUGUAUAGUCGCUCUCUGUUAAUCUGUAUUAAACUGAGAUCUUACUUUAGCCAUUUCCAUGUUAUGUGGAUGUAAAAUCUAAACAUACUAAAGAAUUCCAACUAACAAUGACUUUUGCUGAAGGACCAGUAGCUGUCCUGGUUGAUGCUUUACAGUGAAGCAUUUGGCUAAAACAGUCCAAGUGGCACCAGUGGCAAAGUGUUUAACCUAAAGUUUCCUAACAUUCGUUCACUACUGGUCUCACCGAAUAAUGCUGUAGCAUCAUCAGCAGCAGCAACUUCGGAGUGUAGUGAAUAAAGCCACGCUGCGUUUUAUUGUUUCUGCAAAGAGGAACGCUGUGUCAUUUCGUCUCUUCGAAACACUAUUUUAAAGAUGCUUCCUGUGAAACCAAGCCGGUGAUUCUUUGACUGCUGGAGCUGCAAAGUCAGAGCCAUGAUCUGUUCACAUUCAGUGUCAUACGAAGGCCUUGUGGUAGUCAUUUUUACUAUCAACCUGUAAAUGAUGCACACACACACACACACACACACACCUUUGCUUACUGUGUUCAAAGAGCAGAAUACUUGUUCUAUUAGUUAUUUAUUGUAAUAUAUUAUUUAUGUACUUCACUGGUGACAAAAUGUUUCGGUUUCUGUGCCAUGUUCAGAGAUACAGCCAUGUAGAAGUGCACACAUGAGACGAAAAGACGUUUUGUGGUUUGAAGCUGCAACCCUGGAAUGUAGAAGUGCUUGUGUUUUGUGGCCACUUGAGGGCAGCACAAGAGCGGCUCGGUGCGAUUGGCGCUUUCCGCUGCUGUCGGAGGCGGUAAAUUGAGAGAAAAACCAACGGGAGGCUGUAUUGGGCGUCCUAACAGACAUUUGUCACGAGUGUGUAAAGUUAAGUUGUUUUUUUUUUUGUUUUUUUUUUAAGCAGUGUUGUUUAAAACCUGUUUGCAUGAUGAAACAAAAACAAACAAACAAAAAAAUGACACAAAGUUCACAAUGCAAGAGAGGACAUGUUGAAGGCUUUGUACUAUUGUAAUAUUGUUGAUGUGUAAAUAUAUGCCUAUGUUUGGUAUGUUGGUAUUAUUUAUCUGUUGUAAAUGAAAAAAAAACAAAACACACACACAAAAAAAAAACGUUAACCACAAAGCAAUACGUCUCCCCUCGUGUCCCCUCACCCCGCGGACAGCUGAAGUCACACGUCUUUUCUAAAGCUGCGUUUUACUAUGUCAAAAAAAAUUUUACUGAAAAAUGAAUAAAUUAUAGGUUUUAUGUGACAUCUG